CUCCUCCUCCCGCACUCCCGCCGCCCCGUCUUCUCUUCGUCCCGCCUCGCCCCUCUCUCUCCCUCCAAACCCGACCCUGCGCACGCCUCCCUACCCCGCCGCCAUCUCCUUCGCCGCCGGGAGCUCGCCCGGGAUGACUGCCGCGGGGUUCCUGGUGGGCUUCCUCCUCGGCCUGCUUGCGCUCACGGAGGCCGAGGCAGCCACGCUGCUCUGGUUCGUGCUCCGCCUCCGCCGCCGGCGUGGCUCCGGUGGACUCGGACGGCUCCUCUCUGUCUCCUCCCUCGCCCCCACGUGUGGUUCCGCUUCCCGCUGGCCACGAGGUGCAGCCUUGCAGGGGCGCAUCGGGCUGGGCCUCUGUUUCCGAUAUGGUGCAGCAGCUGCUGUGGGGUUGAGGUGUUCUGGCAACGGUAGGAGCUCCGGGCCCGUCCAGGUCUGUCCAGUGCUCCAUCUAUGCUGAUUUUCAGAAACUGUUGCCCAGAGAGAUCUCCAUGAAGUAUUGCGCCUGAUGCAGAUGUCAAAGUAUUCAAUCUACUCUGAUGACCACCAGCGGUGUAGUCUUGGUACAUAUACUGCAUCCUGAGAGAUGAAGCAGCAAGGACUAGCAGCAUGGAUGUGAAAUAUGGUCAUGCUCUUAACCUGAUCUCCAGAAAGAUUCAAACUACUCUCCUGUGAGGAUUUGUUCUGCUAUACAUUUUCCUUUCAUUUCCCAUCCAGGUUGUGUUCAAAUGAUAGGUGGCAUUGCAAAUUAUGACCAGUUUAAAUCUUGUUUUAGUGAGGUAUGAUUUGCUCAUUAACUUUUAUUGCUCAUUUCAUUAACCCGUACAUUGCUGGCGGUUACUAUCUAAUACCCAAUAUAGAUAUGUAACGGACUAGGUUUUGUUUGAACGUGAUACAGUUGGGUUAAGCUUCUCAAAUGCCUAGCAUCAAUUAAGCUUGACCACCAAACUGAAACUGAAGAAUAUAAAAAGUUCAGUUAAGCAUCCGAAGCUUACGGACGGAAAUUUUUAAUGCAGUACACUAUAUGGUUAACCAA